AAGAAGAAAAUAUCUGACUAUGAAUCUAUGAAUUGAUCUGAAAGGCAUCUUAUAUAAAUUCCCACUUGACAACUGAGCUUCUUCAACAUACAACACAACACACAAACUCUGCUCAGAACUCCUGUUCCAAUCAUGAACUGUCUUCAGAAUCUUCCUAGAUCCUCUGUUCUUCCCUUCGAAUCAGUUGUUGCGCGCCACCACAAGAAUCUCCCAUUCUCUACACUUUCCAUGGGAAUCUUCAAUAGUUCUCAUCAUAAUCGAAGCAUGGCAAUCAAGUCCACUUCUGGUUCUGUACCCAGUGCAGAGACAAGUAGCUCCGAUGUGAAGGAGGAAAAGUCCGAGACAUAUAGUCAUGACAUGACAGCAGCCAUGGGUGCUGUUUUGACUUAUAGGCAUGAAUUAGGAAUGAACUACAACUUCAUCCGUCCAGACUUAAUUGUGGGAUCAUGCCUACAGACUCCUGAAGAUGUUGAUAAACUGAGGAAAAUCGGAGUGAAAACUAUAUUUUGCUUGCAACAAAAUCCAGACUUAGAAUAUUUCGGAGUUGAUAUCAAAGCCAUACAAGAAUAUGCUAAGACAUUCAAUGACAUUCAACACUUGCGUGCUGAGAUAAGGGACUUCGAUGCAUUUGAUUUACGGAUGCGGCUUCCAGCUGUAGUUAGCAAAUUAUACAAGGCAGUUACCUCCAAUGGAGGGGUGACAUAUAUACAUUGCACUGCUGGACUUGGAAGAGCUCCGGCUGUUGCGUUGGCAUAUAUGUUUUGGGUUCUGGGUUAUAAACUUGAUGAGGCUAAUAGACUACUUCAGAGCAAAAGGUCGUGCUUUCCAAAACUGGAUGCCAUAAAAAGUGCAACUGCUGAUAUUCUUACAGGCCUCAGUAAGAAGCCUGUCACUUUGUCAUGGGAACACAGAAAUUGCUCUAGAGUGGAGAUUUCUGGACUUGAUAUUGGAUGGGGGCAGAGAAUGCCUCUAAAUUUUGAUGACAAACGUGGUUCGUGGUUUCUUAACAGGGAAUUACCUGAAGGACGGUACGAGUACAAGUACAUUGUUGAUGGGGAAUGGACAUGCAAUAAGGAUGAGCUUGUAACCUCUCCCAACAAAGACGGCCACGUCAACAAUUUUGUUCAAGUCCUUGAUGGUACGAACGGUGCUAAUGCCUCCCUUCGGGAGAGAUUGACUGGUGAUGAUCCUGAUCUCAUAAAGGAUGAACGCCUAAGAAUAAAAGAGUUUCUUGAAGCUUUCCCUGAUGAGGAUCUGUGAACCAUCAAAUGCACUUGGUUGUUCACAUGUAUGUAUAGACUAAUAACAGAAGACGCACGUAUAUAAUGUAAUAUGAUAUCUAAUAAAACAACUGAAUUUAAACCUUAGAUCACAAGAUCUCUGUAUCUUAUGAUUUCAAGUGCCAUAGCAAUCUAAUUUCUGUAGCAUUAUUAAAUCUUA